AUGUCGGUGCAAUCCUCUGGCUCUUCGUCCACCUGGUGGUCAAACGCUUCGCCAGUGGGCCAGUCAGCAACCAAGACGUCCAAAGACAAAGAGAACGCUAUCGCGGGUUUAGUCGGUCUAUUGCUCGAAAUUGGCGCAAUCAUUGCGACUUCGUACGUUGCAAGUAUUUUCUUGACUAAACUUUUGAAACCUUUUCAAGGCGAGGAUGAGCAAAAUGCGGCGAGUCUAGGAAGGGCAGAAAACCGAUUGGUCAAACUACUCGAGAAGCAAGGGAAAGAUUCUUCUUCAUUAGAACUGACCAACCACGAACGUCAAAUUGCACAAGACGUCAUUGAUCCUGACGACAUUUCUACUUCUUUUUCCGAUAUUGGCGGUAUUGAUGAUAUCAAACAGGAACUAUGGGAGUUGGCCGUUUUGCCUUUGCAAAGACCUGAUUUAUUCCGGGAAUCUCACCUCUUGACACAGCCUACGGGAAUUCUGCUCUAUGGACAACCUGGGACAGGUAAAACCAUGCUUGCAAAGGCCAUUGCACGGGAAGCCAACGCAACUUUUGUAGCUGUUCGUCUCAGCACGCUCAUGUCCAAGUGGUUUGGUGAAUCGAACAAGAUCGUUUCGGCCAUUUUCAGUUUGUCCCGCAAGCUCGCCCCUGCUGUCAUUUUCAUUGACGAGCUUGAUACUUUCCUCAAUCCACGCGAUGGGAGCAACGAAGGGGGCGCAGGCAAUGCAAUCAAGGCAGAGUUCUUGACUCUCUGGGAUGGCAUUACAACACGUCAAGAUCAAGAACCUGUCAUUGUCUUAGGAGCUACUAACCGACCAAACAGCGUGGACUCUGCCAUUCUUAGACGCUUUCCACGCCAGUUUCGCAUUGCCCUUCCGUCGCAAGAUGGUAGACUACAAAUCCUUCGUUUGACUUUAAGUGGACACCCAAUGGCAACGGCAACAAAGGACUAUUUGCCAACAUUGGCCAAAGAGACAAAAGGGUACUCGGGAAGUGACUUGAAAGAACUUUGUCAUUGUGCUGCAAGAGAAUCAAUUCGAGAGGUCAUGAAAGAAACAGCAAGAAUUGCUGUCAUGACCAAGUCUAGAAAAUCAAACGGAUCGCAAAAUGAACAGCCUCCCACAUCCAAGGCCGCAUUGCGUCCCAUGAUGGUGAAAGACCUAAAAAAUGCCAUGACCAAGGUGAAGAGAACAGGACAGGACGCGGCAGAAUAUGAAAGACAGCAAUUUCAAAAGGACCAUCGUGAUGAAAACAAUGCACAGAAGGAUGCGAUGAUGCAGCAAUUAGCAGCCUUAUCACAGCUGUUGUCACAUCAAAACAGUAUUGAAAAUGGAAAGAAUGACGAUGAUAGCGACAAUAUUCCUCAGCUUUAA